CGACGGUGCACCGAUCACCAUCUCUGCCGCUUGCUGCUCCUGCGGUACUUGCACAGCUACCAUAAGACAAGUAUUCUCUCUCUGACUGCGCAUCGCCUCUCUCUUCCUUCAGCUGGUGUCGCUCGGUCUCCCUCCCUCUCCCUCCCUCUCUCUCCCCCCCUCUCUCUCCCUCUUUUUGGCUGGGAAAGCAAGGGAGAACAUUAGAGCACAUAUACUGUUACUCUGUCUCUCCUACAGAGCUCGUAGUUAUCUUGUGACUCCCACACUGGGGACUUAAACUAAGGGAGACUAGAGCAGAGGAAGACUAUCUUUACCGCACGAAGGCGAAGAGCAUGGCAUGAAGAGCAUCGCUUCUUUUUCUUUUUCUUCUUCCUCUUUUUAUUUUUCUUUCUUUUUUGUGAAUUGAAAAUAAACUACUCGAUGUUUCUCUCGUCUUGAAGGGACCGGCAACGGAAUUUUCUCCUUCCUCCCUCAACACACACAAAAGUGGGGUCAGUCCUUAACCGAGGCGGGUGGAUGAGUUGUGUGGAUGUUAUUUCCUGGAUUUUUUCCACCGGGCUGUGUGUUACCGCGGCCCACAGACAGCAACAGUGUGCGGAAAAGUAGAUUUGUGUGUGAAACAUAUAUAUGGCUUCAACGAAGACGACAAGCUGGAUGCUUGGUGAAGCACGGUGGUGAAGAUGGUUAGAAUGCGCUUAACGGGGCCGCUGUCAUGGGGCUGGUGCAAAUGGUCAAGUGUAACGGGAAUGGGAGUCCUGUAUCUGCUGAUGCUAUCAACCUGCCUUGGCCAAGACACGGAAGACUGGCAAUAUGAGGAAUGUAAACUUUCCCGCUCGGGUCCUCCUGCUACCAUAGUUGCCAUCGAUGAAGAAAGCCCCAAUGGAACAUUGUUGGUGGACAACAUGCACAUCAACGGUGUGGCUGAGGGUCCGGAUCGAACCAUCUCUCUGUCCCUGAGGGACAACAACGAUCGCUGGGUCAUUCUUGACCCUUCCAAACAAGCUCUUUACCUGAACAGCACGGGACGGGUGCUGGACAGAGAUCCCCCCUCGUACAUUCACUCCAUCGUGGUUCAGGUUCAGUGUACCAAUGAGCUGAUAGGCACUGUGAUUUUACACGAGGUCCGCAUCGUUGUUCGAGACCGCAACGACAACGAGCCCCGUUUCCAGCAGCCGAGAUACUACGUCGCCGUGAAUGAGCUGACCCCAGUUGGAACGACUAUCUUUUCUGGUUUCUCAGGAAACAAUGGAGCAACAGACAUUGAUGACGGUCCCAAUGGACAGAUAGAGUACACCAUCCAGUACAAUCCGAGAGACCCGACAGCUAACAGAACCUUUGACAUCCCGCUGACACUGUUUGGCUCUGUAGUUCUCAGAGAAAGACUCAACUAUGAGGAUAUAACAAGAUACCUAGUCAUCAUACAAGCUAAUGAUCGAGCCCCUAAUCCAAGUGGCCGACGAACAGCCACCACCACACUAACUGUGGAUGUACUGGAUGGUGAUGAUUUGGGUCCCAUGUUUCUACCAUGUACACUUGUGGGAAACACCCGUGAUUGUAGCCCCAUCACGUAUAAGGCUAAUGUGCUUGAGCUGAUCGAGCCGAGUAAGGCGAAUCCGCUCAAUGUGACUCCACCCAUACAAGCUGUGGACCAGGACAGGAACAUACAACCUCCCUCUGACAGGCCGGGGAUCCUAUAUUCCAUCCUUAUUGGCAAACCAGAGUCCUAUGUAGAAUAUUUCCGCUUAAACAGAACCACGGCAGAACUUCUGCUACUGAAGCCCAUCGACAGAGAGUACUACCGCAGAUUUGAUCUGGUGAUCAAGGCAGAACAGGACAACGGCCACCCCCUGCCAGCUUUUGCCAGCCUUCAAAUCGAAGUUCUGGAUGAAAACAACCAGGCACCCUACUUCCUGCAGCCUAGUUACCAUGGCUACAUCAGUGAGGCAUCGCCAGUGGGAACCACCAUAGCGACCAGCGCCAGCUUAUCUGUACCACUGGCCAUAAUAGCACUGGAUAAUGAUGUGGAGGAGACUCGGGAUCCGCAGCUUCAAUUCUCACUGGACAGCUAUUCCCAUGUUUUCUCCGUAUCUGCUACUGGAAUCAAAAGAUACCUCACUCUGGUGCAGCCUGUCGACAGAGAGACACAAGACUCCUACACAUUCACGCUGGUAGCAUCAGACGGUGUCCAGGAGAGCACUGCAGUUACCGUGGCCAUAACAGUGUUGGAUGCUAACGACAACACUCCGACUUUUCCGAACGUCUCCUAUAAUGUGAACCUGUUUAUCGACAUGAUGCCUGGAGAAGCCGUGUUACAGCUGUCAGCAUUUGACUCCGAUGCAGGUCAAAAUGGUCUCAUCACGUAUCGGAUUUUGGCUGGUCACCAAGGACACUUUGUCAUAGGCAACAGCAGUGGGAUCAUCACGGUGGCACCAGGCGUGGAGCUGAGUGUUGGGCAGAGCUAUGCGUUGACCGUAGAAGCCAUGGACAACGGGCCUGAACCUCACCGAAGGUCAUCCAUUACUACGGUCUAUAUUGAAGUUUUGCCACCAAACAACCAGAGCCCUCCUCGUUUUCCGCGGCAACAAUACAACUUGGAGAUCAGUGAAGCUAUGAGGACUGGGGCUACACUUCUUAAUCUGCAGGCAGUGGAUCGGGAGAGGGACCCCAUAACCUACAAAAUCCAAAGCGGAGACGUCCAGGGACAUUUUGCACUACAACAAAAUUCAGGCUAUUUGGUUCUGGACAAACCUCUGGACAGGGAGACUCUGGAUUAUUACACCCUGGUGGUGACAGCCUCAGACGGACACCCAGAAGGAACGUCUACGGCGACGGUGAACAUUGUGGUGACAGACGUUAAUGACAACGACCCGCUGUUCAAUACUUCCCUGCCAGUGAACCUCACUGUCAUUGAGGAGCAGAAUCACGCCUACGUUGGACAGGUUAAGGCUACAGAUCCAGAUCUGGGGGCAAGCGGUCAGGUCCAUUAUCGGCUCGUCAACCACCAGGGGCUGUUUUCCAUCAAUGCCACUGGAGCCAUUACAACUGCAGUGCCACUGGACAGAGAGGUUAAAGGCCAUUACUAUCUCACGGUUGAAGCCUGGGAUGGGGCAGAGAAUCCACGGCGAUCCAGAUUAACACUUCAUGUCACCGUUCUGGAUGUAGACGACAACAGCCCAAUAUUCACCCAACAAACUUACAAUGUCAAUCUACCGGAGAACAGCCCAAAGGGCACUGUUAUAUUACAAUUAAAGGCGAUAGACGCUGACCUCAACUCCAACCUUACUUACCGAAUCAGAACCGAAGGCUCGGACCAGGACAUCACUCAGCUGUUCCACAUCGACUCCAGAACAGGCGAGCUUUCAGUUCUCAAGGUUCUGGACUUCGAGGCUUUGGCUGAGUCAGAGCCCACAUACACGUUCACUGUAGAGGCCCUGGACACAAAGGGAAACAUGCCUCCUGGACUAGCCUCCGUUACAGUCAGAAUAAUGGACAUGAAUGACUUUUUUCCAGUAUUCAGCCAGUCAGUGUACCGAGGCAUGGUUGCCCCUAAUGCUGUCAAGGGAACCAUCGUAACCACAGUGAUGGCCAAUGACUCUGACCCUGCGGGUACUCCAGCAGGUUUAGUGCGUUAUAAGGUGGACCAGGAGGCGUAUCCAUACUCAGCCAGUAUAUUUGGCGUAGAAGAACAGACCGGACAUGUGGUUACCAGAGUAAACCUGAACGAGGAGCCGAACAUGAAGUUCAGCCUGGUGGUGGUGGCCUACGAUCAUGGUGAGCCUGUAAAGAAGAAUACAACUCUGGUAGAGAUCACAGUCCUUCAGCCCUCUGUUAUCCCUGUCUUCACCCAGGAAGAAUACAGGUUUCUGCCAGUCAGCGAGGAGGCUGCUGUUGGAACCCCAGUGGGAGUCAUCUUAGCAGCUGCUGUCAAUCAAACUAUCGUGUACUCCAUCAUGGAAGGCAACGAGGGUGGUGUGUUUGCUUUAAAUGAAACAACAGGAGUAAUUUACACUGCCAAGCCCCUGGACUAUGAGACCAAUGCCAGCUAUGUUUUGAAGGUAGAGGCGGACUCCAUGAGAGUGGUGUCUUCAAACCUGCGAGCUCCCUCAAAAACUAACACAGCUAAAGUGGUGAUUGAUGUCCAGGAUGAAAAUGACCAUGCACCAGUAUUCACUAGACCUCUCUACAUUGGAGGAGUUGCAGAAGACGCCAAAACCUUCACCUCAGUCUUGCAAGUACAGGCCCUGGACAAAGACACUGGUAACUACAGUUCUAUAAUAUACCGUCUGAUCGCCCCCCCUCCAGCUAGUAAAGACACUAAAGACACCAAAGAUGGCUUUAUCAUUGAACCGCACAGCGGCGUUGUGAAGACGGCUAUCAUGUACCGCAAUAUGAGGAGGUCGUAUUUUAAGUUUGAGGUGGUUGCUACAGACAACUAUGGUCAAGGACACAGCAGCAAAGCGGACAUAGUGGUGUCAGUCGUGAACCAGCUGGACAUGCAGGUCGUUGUAUCAAAUGUCCCUCCUACAUAUGUGGAGAAAAACAAAGAGAAGCUACUGAGCAUUUUGGAACGCUAUGUCCAGGACCAGAUACCGGGAGCAAAGGUUGUCGUGGAAACCAUCGGGCCUCACCGCCAUGGGGAUGGGAUGGAGCAGGAAGACUACACCAAGUCAGACCUUAUGAUUUAUGCCAUCGACCCACUGACGAAUAGAGCUGUAUCAAGGGAGGAGCUCUACAAGUUUCUUGAUGGUAAACUUUUGGACAUGAAUAAAGAGUUUCAGCCCUUUCUCCCUCCUGGUGGCCGGAUUUUGGAAAUCCGAACCCCUGAAGUGGUUACCAGUGUAAAGAAAGCAAUGCAGACUGUAGGCUACACAGAGGGGGCGCUGCUGGCUCUGGCUGUCAUUAUCAUUAUCUGUUGUGUACCCGCCAUACUGAUUGUCAUAAUCACCUACAAACAAUUCAAAGAGCGCCAAGCAGAGUGCGCCAAAACAGCCCGCAUCCAGAUGGCACUGCCAACAGGCAAACCUGGGGGAGGCACUGCCAACAACCUGUAUGAAGAGCUGGGUGACAACGCCAUCCGUUCAAACCACAGUGGUGCUGGCAGGAGUGGUGGCAGUUUGGAUGAAAGUGACCGCCAACGUCUGAUCUCAGACUUUGCCACUAGAGCGAUUGCGGUCCAUCGCCAGUGCGUUGCUAAUGGAGGAGUGCUCCACAAUUUCCCCAAAUCUGAAUCCAACAUCACCUUUCUUUCUGAUGAAAACCCACUAACUAUUAAAAAUCCCAUCUACCAUGAGGAUGGGACUUUGAGUAGUCCAGAGACUCUUGGAAGAAGCCAGAGAAGAAAGGAUCUUCUUGGGAAUUUCUCCCCUUCCAGGAAAGGCCUUCGAGAGGCCUGGCUGAGGCUCAGCUCUCCCAUGUGUGAUGUGGGGUUUGGUGGAUACAGUGGCAGUGACAGUGGAUGGGGAUCAGGUGGUGGACACAGCUGGACCCUCCCAUCAAGACUGCAUCGAAGAGAGAUGUAUGACGCUUUGAGGCGCCAAGUAGUUAUGGAUCCCGUUCAGUGGGAGCUGGAGCUCCUAAAGGCCGAAUUCAAAGAAAGUAAAGAUGCUGGCCUGGAUUCGGGCUUUGAUCGUGGGCUGGAUUCAGACGUAAUGGGAAGCCCAAGUCUGGAACCCAAACUGACAGUGAAAGAACAAGCCAGACAGUUUGAGCAACAGGCACUUCAGGAAAUGAGACAAAGGCAAAACAGAGACUCCCGAGGAUCUCUGUCGCCUGAUAUCCUACUUUCUGUUUUGCCAGAAACUCCUCAGCAUUACAAGCAUGCCCCCACGCAGAGUGUCCAGAAUCCUCAGAAUAGAGAGGGUCCCCCAAGUAUCAUCGUCACUCAGAGUGACGGAGGGACCCCUCCGCCAAGUCAUAAGCCAACUCCUCCAGUGCUGCGGCGAUUUGGGGCAAAUUUAACAGGAAGUCAGGGUUCAGAAGACAGACUUCAGGUCCACUUAGAGUUUAUUCCCGAUCCUCCUUCAACACCUCCACCGCCACCACCGCAGCCUCAAACCUCCGCUCCUCCUCCUCCACCUCCUCCUCCCCCUUCAUCUCCUCCUCCAUGUCAUCCUCCUUCCCAACCUCCUGGCUCUCCAGCUUCAUCCAUACAGUGUAACCAUACAGAAAGACAGGCUCCUCCUCCUCCACCGCCUACACCGCCACCUCCACCGCCUCCGCCUCUCCCUCCCCCAGUGUCGCCCUCAGUCCACCGUCCAUCCACGUUUGUCCUCCCGUCACUCUCAGAGGUGCCUGCUCUGCGGCCUGUGUCCCUCCGACCACCACCGCCGCCCCUACCGGUGGAACCCGAACCUCCCCGAAAAGAGCUGAAGGGAAUCUUAAAGAACAUCCAAAACAUAGCAGACAUUGAGAAGUCUGUGGCCAACAUGUUCAGCCAGAUAGAUCAGAAGCAGAUUCCGCUCAAAAAGGUAAUGAAGAGCCGGGCCUCCAUGGAUUCCCUGGAUUCUCUCGACUCCUUGGAUGUGCUACCAGCUGGAGGGGGAGAAGGGGGAGACAGUGGUAAAGAAGGAGGAGGAGGAGAAGAUCCUCCACCUCCACAGAUUCAGCCCAACCCUAACAUGAACUCCAUCGUUGAGGAGCUUGAGAAGCGAUUCCCCUCUCAGUCAACAAUGCUCUAGCCUUUGCUUUUCUGGGAGUUCUUCACACUGCUGCAGAGUCGAUCAUAAAGCUGUCAGAGAACGGAUGUUCAACUUCAACACCAUCAGAAAAAGAACUUUGCCGAAUAUACUGUAAACUCUACGGGCAAAAGAAAAAUCCUUUUUCUCUCAGCUGAUAGUUCUUGCUAUGAACAAAAAAGAAGAAGGUUAAAAGUCUCGCUGAUGGGCGUUAUUGAAACAAAACUUGUGAAGUAUAUUUUUCAGGUAAAGCCAAUUACAUACUUGUCAACAAAAGUUAUGCUCGGUCAGCAGGAGUCUGUGUUUUUCACACACUGAUAUUUAACGGGAUACAUAGUUGUUGACAGACACUUGCUGUAAUGAGAAACUGAUUACAAGCUGGACUCGGCUUCAACGCUCCCUAUGAACUAUGAAACAAGUUGAUUACAGAUGUAUCGGAUGUGAAAAAGAAAAUCAGACAAGGAAGAACAUUGUUAACUCCGACAACCUUGAUUGAUAUUUGCCGGACGGGGAUUCUUUGUCUUCAAAUGGGUAAUUUUGUUGCAGUAUUUAUGCUCUUACAGAGCAACGAGCGGUGAUGCUUAUUGAUUGAUGCAAUUACUGCCACAUUGAGUUUUUCCAUUUGAUUUAUUCUUUGUUACACAGUUACAAAGUGCUGUCAUCUGUACUGUAACAUCGCAGAGUCUUUUUUGUUCCCCUGUACAAUUACAUUUUCUGUCUUGCCCUAUCAGUAGGCUGCUGUCUGCAACCAUAUUUCCAUCUUUCCUAUUAAUUUGAGCGGUGCUGUGUUUAUCCUUUUCUGUCAAGUCUCCUAAAAAUGUUGUUUCAUAUGCACAGCCCAGCCACAAUAUUAAAACCAUCUUCCUCUCUCCUUGUUAAGUCUGAAGUACCUUCCCAGUUCUAGGCUCCAUCAAAAGAAAAUCCCUAAAGCAAACAAACAGGGACUAUUUAGGAUUUAAAAUAGGCCCAAAGUCUUCCAGCUCUAAUAAGGUGAUCAAAAAAAAUGUCCUUAAUGAAGUGUAGCGUCCAGCCAUCCAUUAAAAAGAUGAUUUACAGCAGGAUUAGACGAUGGUGUUACACCAGCUACUAAGAUGACAUAUAAAGAAGAGACACCAUGUCAGGAGAGAAAUGUUUCUAAAAAAAAGGUGCAAAUAAAUAAAAAACACUACUAUAACUUUUCACACAAAGUUAAAAAAAAAAAAAAGCUGCAAAAACUAAAGGUUUUGGGGGAUGAGUGAAGUUAGCUUCACUAACCUAUAAUGAUCUGCCACCCCAUAGGUAGCUACAGAGGUAUUGUUAGACUAAAAUAAACACACAGAUCUAUCUCUUGUUUCCUUAAACAGUCCCCGAGCAUUUGUUUUUUCCAGUGCAGGAGAGCUCAUUCUCCUGCUGGAAGAGGCUGCUACCAUCAGGCUGCCAUGGGGGUGGGGAGAUGCUGUUUGUCUCUAACAAUGUUUACCUGGGUGGCAUGUGUCAAAGUAGCAUCUGUGCCACGACCCAAAGUUUCACUGACGGACGUUUUAUUAUAAUGAGAUUUUAUACUUUAUAUUUUACCUGUUCAUGGUUUUAACGUAGGCGGCCUAAUGGGUUCGUUUUUGAUGGUAAGGCGAUGUAAAUUCGAGCCGUUCUUGCAAAACAGGAUGGGAUGUAAAAUAGGCUGCCGGCUUGCUAAGGGGCAGUGGUUUCGAGGGUUCGGACUGUGUUUGCAAUUAUCUUGUUUGCUUCAAGUGAACUGACAGCGAUGUCGACUCUGGUAAUUCUGUGAACAAACUUCCUGUGUCAUCUGCUCCUGUAAUGUAAGGAGACUGUCUGUAUUGUCAUGUUGUGUGUCAUGUUGGCUCCACAGUGUAGUGCAGGGGUGUCAAACAUAAAGCCCAGGGGACCAGAAUUGGCCUGGCAAAGACUGGACAGCUUAAAAGAUGUGACUUUUGGAUUUUAAAAAGGAUUUUCAUACGUUUUACAGUUUUUUCCAACGAUAAUGGUCAUUCAUACAACACCAAAGUAAUCAACUAAUCGAUAAACAAUUAAAAUACAGUUAUGUACUAUUAAGAAAUUAACUUUUUUACAAUGGGUUCACAGUAAAUAAAGUAAAAUAAAAUAGGAGAUUUUAACAAAAAUUAAUAAAAAUGUCUGUUUUAUAAUUACAGGCCAGUCAGUGAUCUACAAGAACUUUUUCUUUGAUUUUACACAUUUUCCUACAACUUUAACCUGAUUAGUCUGCUGACAGAUUUUUUUCAUUACUACUGCAACAUUUCUCUAAAAUGGAGAUUUACUCUUGACAUUAUACUUAUUUUUCUUACAUUAAAACAGCUAGAAGGGCAGGUUUCUGGUCUGGUAAAGUGGUCCAUGAUCUAAAAUGAGUUUAACACCAUUGUUGUAGUGGUUUUUGCAAAAAUCCCUGGUUGGGGUUGAUCAGGUAGGGUAUCUGGUGUUACAGAAAUCUGCCAAAUCAGACAUGUGGAGCUGCCUACUGUGGUGACCCUUGUGUCAGACGUUCCCUGACCUAGCAAAUUACUGCCAGAGCCAAAACAGCUGUUAAAAAACCUCAAUGGCAAUAUUAAGUUCCAAAAAAUACUAUUAUACUUGCUGUUGCAAGUGGUUCUUGAUCAUGUUUUUUAGGAGACAGGUUUGGUCUUUUUAUACUGUUUCAACUUAAGGAAUUCAACUCGUGGCCACAUUCUUGUGUCUUUUGUGUGUUUUUCUCAUGUAGCUGAUAGUCUGUGUUUAAAAGGGAAAAAAAAACACUCAUUUGUCUUCAGUUCCUCGGGUUGAUUCGCAGCUUUCUUUGUCAUUCUACAUCUCUCAUUAAUUCCUUAAUUUGAUUCAUGUCAUUAGGUAAUUGCAUCUUUUCUGUUACCUCUGGACCCAUGUGGUCUGCUCAUCCAUAAUGGCCCCAGCCUCUUUUAAUGUCCUAUAAGGUUAUGAGCCUUGUUUUCUUUUUCAAGGACACAGUUGUGAUUUAUGCAGAUGGGUGAAUAGCCAAACUAAAAAUAAAUCUAAAACAUUCA